AUGUCGCCUGAAUCAGACCACAUGAAGAAAAUCACACCAACUGGGAGUUUCGUGAAUACUCCCCCCACACCCCCGCCUUCAGAGGAGAAAAAUUUGUCGAGCAGUGCUCAAAGCGUGCUGAACUGUUUCACACUCCACCGUGAAGGUCUAAGGCUACAAUCUUGGCGGCAACACCGACUCACUCCGGACCAAUAUACGGAGGUUUUACAUACACUAGAUGGUGACGAAUCUCUUCGGGGUUACGUAGAAGACAAAAUAAGGCUCGACUACGACCCCAGACGGUCCCGUCUCACUAUCCGAAUGCCGAGUCCGCUACAUGAUUUGUUUUGUGCCGAGGUAGUCUCUAAAAUUUUGAAUCAAUUGACAGAAUUACGAAAGAGUGAUGAAGCCUUCGGUGAUUUUGCGAGAAAGAUCAAACAUUUAUCGAUAUCUAGAAUCCGCCUGCCGAAUAAUACGAACAACAAUAAUACGAACAGCAGAGAGCUAACUUAUUCCGAGCGGUGCCCAGAUGCAUCCUUUAUACACGAACAUGCCAAAUAUCCCGGUGUUAUCAUAGAAGUGUGCUAUGCAGAAAAAGUUCGAGCUGCUGCGGACUUAGCAGAGGAUUACAUCCUCGACACCAAUGCGAGCGUGAACGCUGUGAUUGCCCUAAAUAUUGAAUAUAAAGGAUCUAAAAAGGCGGCCAUAUCUGUUUGGCGACCGCACAAAAUAACCGUGGAUGAGGUAAAGGAACUCGAAGCAAAGACCGUGAUCGAGAUGAUGGAACUGGCACUGACCGACGAUUUGCAGCCUUUUCGAACGGAGUCUGGACCUCCAGUCGAAGAACCUAAACAACCGUCGCUGCAGCUUUCGCUCGGGGACUUUGCCCCCAAGAGCAUCUCACAGAAAUACCCCGAUCUCGAUCAAGAUAUCGUUAUCUCAUCGAGGGAGCUCUGCGACUUUAUUUCAUCUGCCGAAGCAGAACAUCAGAAACAGCUGCUAGACCAAGGCGUCGAUGAGCCAUUGUCACCAGGCACGCGAAAGCGUCGUCGGGUUCCCCUGAACAGCUUAGUUCAAAAGAAGAAUUGCCGCAAAACGCAAUGA